GAGAAGGGACCUUUCAAACAAACACUUGUUUACUGAAAAUGGAAAAUGUGAAUCAGAAAAUGGCAAGUGACAGUCCGGAAAGUCGGUGAAAAAAUAAUAUUUUUCCAACAUAGUUACUAGAUAGUGGUACAUAUGAUAGAAGAGACGACUAACCAUGGAUGCACAGAAGAAUUCUUCUGACUCGGAGGAAAAAAUCCUGGUGAAAACAGAGCCCCGAGAAGAAGAUAUUAAGGGUUACGCAGAGGACACCAUGAACGAACUGCUAGCCAUCUACGGCUAUGACAAAGUUGAAGAGGGUGUGACUAGGGAGCUGCACUUGCACCACUUCUCGGACAAAGAUGACGAAAAGGGGACAGAAGGCUCUCAUGGCCUUGUGGUCAAGCAAGAAGUGGACAAUGAGGACGAGUAUGACAUCAAACCACAGAUAGCCGACCACCAGCUCAGUGACCAAGAGAUGGGGGAGCUUCAGAUCAACGAGCAACAACUCAGUGACUACCAAACUAGUGGCCAAAGCUCCCCAGUUGAUGACCACUUCAACAAUUCUGGUACUGGCAGGAGUGGCUGCACUUCGGCAGAAUGUAGCGAUGGGGAAAACCAUACUGGUUCUGAAUAUGAGAUUGUGUGUGCUUGGUGCCAGCACUACGGCUUCAAGAGGUACACUCUCAACACGACCACGGAGUCCAAGGCGUUCUGCAGCGAGAAGUGCUUUGCCGCCUGUCGCCGGGCCUACUUCCGCCGCAACAAGGUGUGUGACUGGUGCCGGCACGUCCGCCACACCAAGGAGUACAUCGACUUCCAGGAUGGCGAGCGCAAGCUGCAGUUCUGCAGCGAGAAGUGCCUGCACCAGUACAAGAUGGACGUGUUCUGCCAGGAGACGCAGGCUCUUGGGGCCGCUGCAGUGCCGGCCGUGGACACGGGGGCCGUCGUAGAGCAGGCAACUCCUGGGAGCGAAUCCGUCGUGGCUGGAGCAGUGAACAGCUCAGAGGAGAUUGAGUGCGGUGACAGCAACAUGUUGUUGACUGUGGCGGCUGACAGCAGCACACAGCCAUUCGUACUGGGGAACGGCAUCCACCGGCUGCCGGCUCAGCCAGGACAGGACUGGCCAGCUCUGGCCACCCGGACCCAGCCCAAACCCAAACAGCACACUAACAGGACCGUCAUAGGUGUGCAACAUGUUGCCAUCGCACCCAAGGUCAGCACAGCCGGCAGUCAAAUCGCUCCAGUCCCAACGGUCACCCAAGUCGGUUCUGCAGCUCCUGCUGCUACCCCGCCAACUGCUUUCCCCACCAGGGUCACCCCACCCAACCCUGCUGGUCAGGUGUACGGCUUGCAGACCAUCAUCCAACCCAGCGUGGGCAGCUCCCAAAUCGUGGGCAACUCCCAAGUUGUUGGCAACUCACAGGUCAUGGGUCGCACCCCGGUGGUGGUCCGGGGCACUCACUGGCCCCCUGUUGUACGACAGAUACCCGGCUACGUCAUUCCGAGCCAACAGCAACAGCAGCUAUCGCCACCAGUCGUCCAGGCCCCAAGACGUAUCCUUCCAGCUCCGUCCACCAAAAACCCUGAAGCACCUGCCUCAGCAACUAAAAAGGGAUCAGAGACUGCAGCACCUCCACAAAAAUCAAGCUUGCCUGAAGGUGGCCAGCCAUCAGCUCCAAAUUACAGCCACUUUCUACCUCCAGUAACAGUCAUGGUUCCCCAGCCCAUCUUCAUUCCCAUACCCUACCCUAUCCCCAUUCCUGUUCCCAUUCCCGAGGAUACAUUUUAUGCCAUGAGAGCAGCGUGUGCCACGAGCAGCAAUGGUUCUCAAGAAGCAAGCUCCAGCUCCAAUGGUGAGCAAAGCAAAGCCGGCAGUCAACACCUGACACAUGCUUCCACACACCUUGAUUUGAGACACGGAAGACAACAGACCUCAAUUUUCCCCGAGUCGCUUCACAAACAGACGGACUCAGAGUUGGACUCUAGCAGUUCACACAGGUCAGGCAGCAAGCGACACCACCGACUCUCACAGCACAGGGAUCAGGUGAGCUGUCCUAGGAUAAACGAGCCGGCCACCUACCCAGAUGCCAAGCACAAGGCUUGGCAGCCAUUCUUCAAGUACAAGAUCCUGCAGCGGAGCACCAGCAUGGACCUGAGCCUGGCCAGACCUCCUGAGGAGGUCCCUUCCAAAGCCAUCCACAAGCCCAGGUCUGAGCCAGGCCAAGCCGGCAGUUCCAUCAGCAGGAGCAGUGGCAACAUCAGCGCCAGCAGCCACCACCACCACCACGACACCUACCUGACGCCCGCCGAUGUCACGGCCCACCUCAGCGGCGAGUCCUCGGCCAAGGUCCGGGAAGCCCUACGCUGCCACCUGACCAAGCGCCUCUCGCAGUCAGCACUGAACCUGACUGAGGUGGGCCGGAUGCCCAACCCUCAGGAUGACCUACGUCGCUGCCAAAGCUUGAGCAGGCUAAGGUACCUGGAGCCAAACCACAUGGAGAAGCUCCCCGAGCUUGCCGACGGAUAUUCCUCUCCAAGCCACUGCUCUUCUGCCUCAUCCACCCAGAGAAGUGGCCUCAACCUGCCCGAGAAAGAAGAAUCCAGAGAGGGAGAAGAGGAGGGCCAGCCAGUACCCGAAGAUGGAGAGCCACAAAGUCCAACAGCUGAAUCUGACGAGGACACAAUAGGACCGGAGCCCAAGAGAAAAUGCCUCGACCAUAUUUGAGAGUAGCAUGGGGCCAGUCUCACAGAGCUGCUCAGCACAUAAAUGUGCUUAGAACAGGAGCCUGAUAUAAAUGGAACUGCUAAUAAAAUGGAAAAUGUUGCUAAACGAAAUUUAUUCACGAAGCAAAAAUCAGCUGAGAGUCAUUUACAGGUCUGGCCCGGGCACCUAACGAUGAUAACUAUAAUAAUAAGGGGCACUUCUAAAGUACAUCAUACAAUUAAGUCUUUAUGCACUGAAAUAAUGGUCAUUAUACCAGGAACAUGUUCUAAAUUAUUGAACUGGGUACCUGUAACCAAAAUCACUUCGUAUUGCUUCAGCCACAGGAAAAGAAAGUUUUUAAAGAUGGUUAGAAAAAAUUUGAAAAUAAGUUACGCCACAAGAAAUGUUGUUUACAACCAGAAAUUGUUGAAGAGCAUACUGGUCAUAAAUUUGCAACGACCGCAUUGGCAGUAUCGGUUCAUUCUUCACAUCUUACACAGGUAACCGGGUGCACAAGUUUUACUUCAUGACGGUACCCGGUUCCCAAAGGACUGCUCAAUGUACAUGUUCACCCCUGAUAUUCACCACAACGCUGUUUGGCUGGUACUACAAUUUUCCUACCCCAUACCGUUCCUGUGCAAAGCAAGUUUCCGUGUUCCUCAGCUCUGUCGAAUUGGCCCCAUGUCCCAGCCGUGCUACUUCAAUGUGUGCUGCCCGUGACUGUUCCUCGGUUCUAUUUUGUUUCAGCUUAAGAAUCUGGUAAGCAGCAUUGGCUAGGAAGCAACUCAAUAAACUAAGAGCACUGAUGAUGGCAAGCUUGUUUUUAUGCUUAACAGAUUGCUGGAAAAGUGAGCUUGAAUAAAGUGCUAAAACAUGAAUAUAUUUCAUAGCCUUAAGCAGUACAUGCUAGCAUGUGUUGGCUGUUUGCCUUGUUUGAAGGGUAUUUUGCUACAGUUAUGUGCUGUGUUCACUGCUUGCAAUAAGCAAUGGCUCAGAAGCAGACAUGGUGUGCUUGUCAAUUUGUUAGCAGGUGAAAAAUAGUAAAUCGCACCUCAAGUACGAAGUUACAAAUGGUGUCUCCUGGGGACCGAAAGUUGUUUCGAAAGUGACUUUCUGGGGGGAUCAAUUGAAAGCUUGCCACCUGUUUUAAUGUAGACGUCAACAACCAUACGAGUUGCAUGUAGAGUUGUCAUACCUUCCAUUACACUGUCACAGAAGAGGCAUUUGACUCUCUGAACACAGGUGAGGGAUGUGACAGAAUAUUAAAGCUAACGUGGUCUUUUCGCAGCUGCGAGGUUGUACAAGGAAGCACUGUGCCGACCAAAAUGGUGCCCAGACUCGUAGGCAAUUGAACCGUGCAAUUUGAGUCGUGUUUUAACAAAUGAUCCUGCCUAUAGAAGUACAAAAAUACAAGGUACAAAAGGCAAGAAGUCUGUUUGAAGAAUGUUAUUUUUGGAUUUCUUCAGACUUGCACGGCUCUCCUGGUCAUGGAAAAUCCUAGGGAAUAAUAUUCGUCCAAGAACUUAAUGGGAAAUUGGAGGAAAAGGAUAUCCUGGAAUCCAGUUGUCAGAAGAAUAAAAAAAUCAUGGAAAUCGAGAUCAUACUCGUACUUUUUUGGGGGGGAUGGGCCACUUUUUAAUUCGAUAAACUUAUGGACUUUAUUGUUGCCAUUUUGUAGUAGUCACUGUGGCAGUCUUCCAGCUCAAAUAGUACAAAACAACUUUUCUCUGCAAAAUGGCAUUAUACAAGUAUAUCAUGGAAAUUGUCAUAUUUUAGUCGUGGAAAGCCGUGGAAUUUGUUUUUUAGAUGUCUGUGGGAACCCUGCCUUUAUAGUAAAUCAGUGAGGUGGCUUCUAAAAGCCACAGUCUUUCAAAAGAAUUACCCUAUCCCCAUAGUUUCUCCAGUUUGCACCACAAAAGAUCAGUACAAGAUGUACGUAGUGAUUAUGGGCAGGCAGUUAUCAUGUUGGACAACAUGAUAACUGCCAGUUCCUUCGUGGAUGUGACAUUACAAAAAAAAACCUUAAAUUUGUUAUCUUUUUGUUGUUAUCUUUUAGUUGACAAACUUUCAACGGUCAGUGUAUCGUACACAAACAUGUAGCCUAGUGUUAGCCAUGUGACAUUGCACCUACAUGUACUUAGUCUGUGAGUGGAACCAGACCACCUUGCCCACGUCUUGUACCACCUUGUAUCCAUGACUGCUUAUCAACAGUUGCCAUGACGUCAAAACUUACCAAGGCCUGGCACAUCUUCUGCACACAUGCCUCCUUAAACCUUGUUAUUUGUAUCAAACUCUGACAUCAUUCACUUUAAGUGCACGUUUUGCUCUAACACGAGUACAUGUAUGUCAUCAAAUCUCGGCUUAAUUAUAGCGAAGGUCUGCACAGCAAUUACAUGUGUGGUGAAGGGCCACAGUAUCAAUGUACGACGUCAGCACUGUUUAAGCACAUGCCCAUUUAUGUGUACGUGUAAAGUCUUCACAAACAAUGUGGCUCUUGUCAGAUUGUGAGUGUUAAGAAUUUGGUUUUUCUUUCUUUUUUUUUUUCGAAAUAUGUGGAAGACUAGCAAGUUCCACUGUUUGUUUCAAGAAACUAGGAGCAGGGGACAUUGGCUCCGUGCCGUGACAGUUGAGGGCGCCAUAACCCAUUUGGGCACUUGCAUUUCACUGGCAGUCCACCAAACACUUUUGCAUAGGCCAGGGUGGAGUUAGACCCUAACCCCCCCCCAGGACGUAUGUAAAAUCAUAUUGAAAUAGGAAGACUUGGGAUUGUUUGGGUUGAAAACCAUGCACACAAGCAGAGUAUGGGCAAAACGUACAGUGUCCAUACAUGUCAUUUAACAUGCCACUGGAAUUGUCUGUAUGAGUUCAUAUUUGAAAAUGCCACUCAUGAGUUGACAGUUGCCACAUUGUAAACACAGCUCACGGUGUUAUUGGAAACCAAAUGGAGAAUAAAAGGGCUUUUCAGUAAAGAUCUUUUGCUUCAUAAUAUACGUACAUGUAAUUUGGCAUUUUUCUAUGUUUUUUGGUGUUUCUCCUGGUGUUUUUGUUUUCUUGGUGGGGUUUUUUGGUUGUUUUACUGUUUUUCUCAAUUGGGGUUUGUUAAAAAUUGUGAAUUUCCCUCAUUUUCAUGUCCAUUAAUUGUAAGUCAACUCAUAGGAGAAAAAGUUAUCUUGCCUGAGGUUGUAUAGCAAUGUUUUCUGGAAUCUUCACAAUUGUCAACACCUCUGACUGCAGUGCUACGGCCAAAUUAAAUUGAUUUUUAAAAAUACAAUUUUUAAGCCUUCGGCCACUUUGGCCUGGUAACCUAUGCAUAAAAUACAUCCUGGGUACCAGGCAAAAUUCACAAGUGGUUGACCAGUGGUCAUUUAUCAAACUGGGCUUUUGUUAGACAGUUUUUCCUUCCUUGACAUAAAUACGACCACAGUGUGCUCUGCAAGGCCAUUCUUGCCAUGUUUGUAACAGUUGACCGGGUUCAUGCGAUCUACGUUUUUGUACCAUAGGAGAGCACUCUAAACCUGUUUAAAAUAUAAAACACUGCUUCCUGCAAGUAACACCGAACCAGCUGCUUCAAAUUAAAUCUUAACCCCUCUUCCAAAAGGUCAUGAAAGCCUGCCAAUGGGACAAUCUUACCAUCCAAUUUUGCCCAUCGCUGUCCAAAGGAGCAGGAAAUCAGACCGCAACAUCCCAAGCACUUUUUUGGGGAGGAUUUUUAGCGCUGGAAUCAUGCAAUCAUUGAGGUCUGUAACUUAUCAUUUCUGUGAUUUCUUUUGGAUAUUUUUUUUUCUCCCUACACGGCGAGUACUCUGUAGUCUUCCCACUGUUCCAACAAUUCAAAGCUACUCAGACUGAGGUUAAUUCACACCACAGUCUUCCGUUAUUGCAGUCAGCUCUUCCCCGGUUAAUCAAAACCUGAGGUAUCAAAAGCAAUGGAAACAAAAUAUGUUUUUAACCCUAGGUAAGGAUAACAAUAUGUAGAUGUGCAGGUAACUGUGAUAUGUGUAAAAUGUCGUUCUUUUUGUAGUAUGCCAGAGUAACUGUUUAGUGAAUGCCGAAGGAACGUAUCACACAGCAUGGCCAGCAAAAUUGUCGCAUUUAGUGUCUGCUUACUGUUCUGUACUUUGUUACGCUCCCAGCGAGUAGUCUGCCAUUAUACCUACCAGUUAUAAACCCUAUCCCUACCAAUUACUCUGUGUCACAGCACUAAAUAACUUAAUAGGUUGUACCAGCGACGGUGUACGGCAAACUGUUUUAUUUGUGAAACACGGGGUACGCUGGGUCAUGAGAAAUGAAGUCCCCAGUGUGUUUAGGACCCAAUAUCUGAAUGAGUUGAAGGUACUACUUAAUAUUUACAAGCCAUUACACGAAUCUCACCUAGUUGAAUAUCAAGCGGAACCACUUAAUGCAUUGUACAUGUCAUUUUCAACUGCAUGAUAUCUGUUUCCGUCGCGAUGCUGACCGAGUGACGUAUCAAACUAAGGAACUCGGUUUGCCGUUUCUAAUACAAACUUAGAGCAAAUUUUUGGGGGGGGGAUGUCUUUUGGACUCAUUUUUUGUGGGAUGUCCAGUCCCAGUUAUGGUACACAAAUGAAGAAAUUAUUUUGGCAGUAGAAAUUGUUGUUGGAGAAAAUACACUUGGAAAAUGUUGUCAACUCGUCACAGACUUUAUACACCAGAAGUGGUGACAGGAUACGGUCUCUCUGCAAAGUUCACCUGCCUCCUAUUACCUGUAAAUUUACACUUGUAUCAGUUUCCUGUUAAGCAUGAAAAGGUGUGCUUUAAAGCAAAAGUGUGCUUUUGUAGUAACCAUGAAUUUAGAUACGUAAGCAACUCUGAAGAAACAAAGCACAUGAAAGCUUUGUGCUGUUUCUUGUUCAUGUAUAUUUAGCAGUAAAAAAAAGUUACGUAACUUUCAGGCAGCUGUAUCCAGCAUAGGCUUUCACUGUUAAUGAGGUUCCAUAUUUUUAUAACGAAGUCAUAAAAGAUCUCAAAGCUGUCAUAUGAAUAAAGUGUAGAUUUGUGCAUACACAGAGCUGUAUAUUUUGACAAACAACAUCAUGUUGACAUUAAUGUGUGUAUGUUAGAUAGUUGCUGGUAGGCAGUCGUGGCAAAAGUAGUUUUUCAUGCACUUGUAAUUACUGUAAAUGUUAUUUAAACUUCUCUGAUGUAAUCUUUUAUGUGGACACCUUGCCUAGGGCUUUGCUUGGGUGAUAUCUUGCAAUGCCUUUUUUCCGCUUGUAAACCCUGCCCAGAUGCUGAUCAGAAACGUGGGCAACAUCAGAUCCAUGUUGACGAGAAUGAUGGUUAUCGGUAAUAACAGGUGGGUCGCACCCAAACUCUGUUUACUGUGGAACUUGAAGAAUUUUGUUUGUCUCAGGUGUGACCAAAUUUCACUACGUGAUGCCACAAGGCAUUUCUCAUUGUGCAUGUGUUAGAUGAAGGCCUCAAUGCACCAUAUUCAGACUGGCAUGCAUGUCAUAUGACAGAUGUGUAAUCCUCACGUUUAAGACACUGGUGAUCGUACAAGUCUUUAACUGCCAAAAUUGGGGAGAAUUUCAUAUUUUCUGGCAACAUCCUUCCCGAAACAACUUUCCACUUCGGAGAGUGUGCAAUGGACAACUUCCUAAGGCUGGGUAGGGAACUAAUAUUUGCCUUGUAAGAUUAAAACUCAAAUGAAACAAAAGGCGUAACGGUCCUACAAGAGAAGAGUGCCUAUAGAUCGUUGUGUGAAGAUGAUGUUCUGCAUACCAAAUAUAUGUAGCAUAACAAUACACAAAGGAAAAAAUUGCUUGCCUUUAACAUGUCUUGAAUCCUGGACCAGAUGGAUUGAUGUUGUUUGUAGCUGCCAAGUGUGCUUGUUCUCUGCCCAAAGCAGGUCAUAUCUGUCGUUUCUCCGAAAGACGUGGGCUUUCAUUCAGUAUUGGACUCAUGGAAUAGUCCCAUGUUUUGAAGGACCUACAUGUCUGUGUCCUUCCUCCAUGGUCUAACUGCCAGCACUAACAUGCAAUGGACAUCUUGGCAUGUGCCUAUCUGUAGCUGCUAGCCUGGUCCAUCAUGGUGUGACUUCUAGCAUGGUUCACAAAAAAUCAGGUUUUGGUAGCUCUGCCAAGCUUGUUGUGAGUCAAAUAUCCAAGUCAAAGAGGAUUCCUCAAAUAGUUGUGAUAUUACCACUUGUAAGCUGGACACCAAGACUUCAAUGCUACAUGUAGUUGCCAGCACCCUGUGUGGUAGAACUUUCUUAAUGAGCACGUAGUUCACGACAGAGCUGUUGCAAAAUGGAACAAGUAUUCCGUUCUGACACCUACACGUGGGCAAGUAAUGGCUCUAAAUAAGACAUCCAGCACAUUAUGGA